AUGACAAUGCACGCAAUCAACGCCGCUGGUCGACGAGUUUCACUUCUCAACGACGAAAUUGCUUCCCAACAACAACAGCAGCCGCAGCCGCAGCCAACACAACGACCACCUCUUAGCUUCCACUCUCACUCCAGCUAUGCCUUCACUCAAUCAUACCCCACCCCCGGCAGCAGUUCUUCUUCGCCAAACACUCCCGAACUCCUUCGUUCUGACUCUUAUGACUCUCAAAUGAGCAACGAUCCUCUUUCUCCUCUGACUCCCAACGUCGACUACUACCCUCGACAACAGGUCAUGUACACAAUUCCUCAGGACUACAACAUGGAGGCGAAGCAUGCCCAAUACGCAGACAGCACCCGUUCAGCUUCAUACGACGCUGAGAUGGUCAGCCAGCCCCGAUCCUCGCCUAUGCCCGAGCGCCCCGGGAAGAGGUAUCCCUGCAGGUACCGCGACACUCAUGGCUGCGAAAAGACCUUCACCACCUCAGGUCAUGCCUCGCGGCAUUCAAAGAUUCACACUGCAGAGAAAGCUGUUCAAUGUACUUUUGCCGGAUGCCAGAAGAAGUUCACUCGCGCCGACAACAUGAAGCAACAUCUCGAAACCCACUUCAAGGAUAAGACUCGCUCUUCUACCAGCCAGCGCAGCCACAGGACAUCUCUAGCUGACGCUCGUCGUAACUCUAUAUCCGGGCGCCCUUCCGCAAGCCGCACAUCCUCGUCCAGGAUUCGACGCGACGCUGAUCCCUAUCCCCUUCCCACACCCCCGCUGGCCUCACCCAAUGUCAACAGUGGAUCUUGGGAUCUAGGCGGCCGCAACUUGCCCAUUUUCAACCGCCCUGUUGCUGGCAGGACACCUAGCGGUCUGGAUGCCCUCGCUAUGGCCGUAGCAUGCCAGGAGGGUUCAGGCAUCUGA